ACUUCCAAGGACUGCACCGGUUGCUCUCAAGCUUGUGCUUUCCCAUGCUGCGUUCAGACGUGGGGGAAGGGACAUAGCCCCGGCUCCCAACAUGUGUACUUUUCUCUUCUGAGUCCAGGAAUUGGUUCCUGCAUCUGAGAGGCUGACCACUCUGCUCUGUAUUUUCCUUAUAAAUAAUUUGAUCAUGUGGUAUUCUCGCUUAAACGUAUUUGUUUUGGAAAGUAUUCAACUUGAAAAGAGCAAAUAGUGUGCCAAAGUGUAAUGUUAAAUCCUUUACGUUUGUGUAUUAACUGUACUUCCAGAAAGUAUCAAGUGACACACUUGUGCCCUAAUUCAGUUCCCUUCCAGCGUGAUGAUUUGACAUCUCACCAUGAUGUUGUCUUAACAUUUUCUGUCGUUGCUCCUGGACAGCUGAGGGAACCUGAGCGUCGGGGACACGGAGGUCCAGAGCAGCCCCCGGAGCUGCUGGCUGAAGACGGGCGUGAUCCCUGCAGUGACUUCAGCAAUGAGGAACCGCUGGGAGACUUGGGGGUCAAGGCUGUGAGGAAGGAAGCACCUGGCGCACGUUGAGCUGUGGGCUCUCCUGGACAGCUUUCCUUACUCCAGUGCGGUUUCUCCAAGUUGUCUGAGACAGAGUGUGAAGCCGUUGAGGCCAGUGAUGGAAAUACCGCCUCUGAUGAAAGUUCUAAUGAACAGCCCACAUGCCAUUCAACAGAAGCCAAAGAUGCUCGUUGUCAGAAAAGCCACGACUCCCUUGGUACUAAAGAAUACCAGAAAUUAGCUAACAUCCUAAAUCCAAGUGAAAAAUAUGAUUUUGAUAAAAGUGAGAUUUUAGACCAGAGUAUUUCUUCUGAAUCUGAUGGUGAGAAAAUUUUUUUAAACGCAGCUGAUCACCACUGCAAUUUAGGGGAUGUCACAGAAUCAGAAGACAGUGAUGUCAUCUUUCCCACCCAGUAUACAACACAGGGAUUCUCUACGAACAGUGUGCAGUGUAAGCCGUCCAUGGAUAGAUCUGAAGAUCCUGUAACAGAAAACUAUGUGAAAAUAAUAAAUACUUGUGAUGAUAGAAAGCCUGAUGUCCAACGAAAUGGACUACUUUCAAAACAAUUACAUUCUGAGAACAUGGCCCUGAAAUCUGUGAAAAGAAAUGGCAAUAGUGAUAUUAGUGAUGAGACUGAUGACAUUGAAAUUCCCUCCAAGUCAAGAGUAAGAAAGCAAAGGGCUACUAGUUCUUUGAGGUUUAAGAGAAAAAAAGAAAGUAAAAUGGAACUUCCUAAAACACUGAAGAAAGCAAACCAACUGUGUACAACAGAUGAAAAUUGUAACUCUCAGGCUGUUGAUAAUUUUUCAUCCUCAGAUGAUGGUUUAUCUGUUAGCCACAUCAGUUUCUCUAAACAGAACCAUAGACCAAAAACUAUAAAAGAUAGAGUCAGUUUCUCCUCAAAAUUGCCUAGCCAUAAGAAAAAUAGCACUUUCAGACUAAGAAAACUGAUGAAGUUUUCAAAUGACAGAGUUAUCAAUCAAGAACAGGUGUAUGAAUCCAUGGAUAAAUUCUUAGGUAACUAUCGAUACGUUCUGAAAACGUUUCUUUACAUAUUUGUUUUGUGCAAAUAGUUCUGUAAGAGAUUCUUCAAUUAGCUUGUAAAAUAGUUCUACAAUCAAGAUGUUACAUUGGGGAAGUAGGUGGCAGGAUAAAGGAAGGACCUCCUCAGCCAAGAUAACUUUGUCCCCUACCCCAAGACCUGCCCCCACUCGUGCCCCAUUAAGUACUAAUUAUUCUAACUUUUGCAGUAUUUUUUGCAUUUUUAUGGAAUACACAAAUGUGUAUCCCUAGGCCUGAUAGUUUAGUCUUACCCACUUCUGAAAAAUGUUUAUGUAGUCUCUUUUAAUCUAUAGGAUUCCUCUCCCAUCCCUUUCAUUUUCUCAUGAUUUAUUUGAAGAACCUGGGCCAUCUCUGAAUUUUCCUCAAUUUGCAUUUUGCUGAUUACAUGUACUCUUGAUGCAGUUGAACAUACUCCUCUGUCCUCUACACUUUCUGGAAAUGAACAAUUGGCUCCUGAGACCGUAUCAAACUUGGGUUCAGUUUCCCUGACAAGAUAAAAGUUAGUGUCUGCUAAGACUGUGGGAGGCACACAUGAUCCUGGCAGCCAUUGAUGCUUAAUGCCUGUACCUGUUUAAUUCAUUCACAGUAGCAAAAUGAUAUUUUCCAGAUCUUUUUCAUUUGUUAGUUAAAAUGCUUCUAUAAAGAGAUACCUCUACUCAUCCACUAUUACUUCCCUAGUGAUUCAGUUCAUAUGGAGAAGGCAGGAAAAAUACUUAAUUCCUUUCUUCAUCAAUUUUUAGUAAAUAGAUUCCGUAUCAUCCUCAGAGGAUGAUCCAUUCUUUUCUUAAAAUCAGUAUGAAGUAAUUGAUUCAAACCCAUUUAAUGGAUCUUAAUCCACUGCAGUUAAUAUUGUUGAGGCUCAGUUAUCCCAUCUUUAGGCAGUGGAAAUCUUUGUUCCUGAGACCUUUUGAUGUGAUGUCUUUGAUUGCUAUCUAGUAUUACAAAGUGUCCAGUGUCAUCUCAUACAUUUUUUUCCCCAGGCCCAGAAUCAGUUGUCUCUCCAAGAAGUCUUGGUUUCUUUUAAUUAUGAAAGUGUGUUUUAAGACAACUUGAUCUAAGAAUGAUUGGAGCUAAGAAUGAUCAUUGCUGCUACUAACAUUUCUGGGCCUUUUCCUUGGACAGAUUAUUUGUAUGUAUAUGUGUGUAUGUGUGUGUGUGUGUGUAUAUAUAUACACACACAUUCAUGUAUUUGCAUAUACAUGUUUAUAUUAUGUGUAUGUAUGUAUGUAUAAUUUGCAUAUAAAUGUAUAUGUGCAUUUAUAUACAUAUAUGCAAUUUAUAUAUGAUGAUACAAUAUUUAAUGAGUUUAUAUUGAUACUUCCACACUUACAUUGAUACUUAAUUUGAGGUCCUCAAGCUUUUGCUUGAUCUCUUCUCUGUCACAUUUGUAUACCAUUUCCUCCACCUAGUAAUCCUGGCUCUUAAGCAUAUAGGAAAUUAUUUAAUUAUAAUAUCCCAUAAUUACUCACUUGUUUUAUCCCAUAUUACACAAAAGUCCAGGAAAAAAGAUGCCAGUACUGCCACACUAGGAUUCCUGGAAACAUUAAGGGUUUUAGAGUAUGGUUGCAUACUGUUUCUCCCCAUUCUAAAGGUGGCUGUAUUGUGUCUACAGUGUUGAAGCAUAUGCACAUUGCAUUGUAUAUCCCCCCCUCUCAGACUUCAUAACCAUAAAUUCAGUGCUGCCCAUCGUCCCUCUGUCUCUCCUGUCAUUUUGUUGUCUAAAGGUUAUUUUCUAGUAGAUCCCUCAGGAAGUGCUCAUGAGAAUAAUAGUCCCUGAGAUUCUUACUGAUAAUAGUUUGUGUCCUUUAUACUUAAGGUCAUUUUUGCUGGAUAUAAAAUCCUUGGCUCACACUUUGUUUUUUAGCAUUUUAAAUAUGUAUCUUCAUUUUCUUCUGGCAUGAAGUUUUGUCCCCUGCAUUUGUUUGUUUGUUUGUUUGUUUGUUUUCCUAAAUACCCAAAAGGUUUUCUUCUCUUCAUCAUUUUCCAGUAAUUUUACUAGCUUGUGUUUUGCCUUACUUAGCUCAGGCUGCUGAGUAGCUAAAACAAGAUUUCUCACAGUUCUUCUGGAGGGGAGAAGUCCAAGAUCAAGUUCCAGCACGGGUCAGUUCUCAGGGAGGCACUCUUCCCGGUUUACAGGGGGUUGUCGUCUUGCUGUGUCCUCGCAUGGCAGAGAGAGAAAUCAUCUCCCUUGUGUAUCUGAUUAGGGCACUAAUCCCAUUCAUUAGGACUCUACCCACUUGACCUAAUUACCUCCCAAAGCCCCAACCUCCACAUACUGUCACACUGGGGCCUCCACAUAUGAGUUUUGGGGAGACACAAGCAUUCAGUCCAUGGCAGUGCUGGUUAUUCUUGGUCACUAUUCUCGUAGUAUAGUUUCCACUCAGUUUUUAUUUCAGGAAAUCUUUCCUAUACUAGUAUUUUUCAUAUUUGAUUUGGCUUUCUUUAGGCACUUCUGUUACUCAAAUGUUUGAUUUUUGCCUGUCUUCGGUAUUUGUCACAUCCUCUCGAAUCCCUUCAUAUUUCUUUUUUCUUUCACUUAAAAAAUUUUUGCUUCUAUUUCUCUUAAGGCAUUAUCUAUUAUGUUUAUUCCUUCUUCUGUUCCUUCAAAUUUAGUCUUCAUUUAUGAAAUAAUGUUUUUUUAAUUUCUAAGUCUUUUGUGAGUCUUGACACUCAUUUCUGAGUUAUUCUAAUUCUGAUUUAUGUUGUUGUGUCCUGUAUUUUAUUAUAUUCUUAAAGGUUUUUAAUCUCAUUUUGAAAUCUGCUACAAUUUUUGAAGGGCCCCCAUCCGUAAGAUGGCGAACUUCCUGCUUCUCUUCCAGGUCUUUGGUUCCCGCCGGCGCCACCUGAAGCCCAAUCACCUCUCGCCCCCCUCCCAAUCCCAGUACCUAGCCAAUAGC